CGGAAGGAGUACCUACGUAAACUUUAAGAAAAAUGUAAAAAUCUAAUUUAGUGAAGUCAAUACCUUAUUUAGGAGCUUAUCCAUGAAAAAAAUUAAAAUUAAAAGAGGCCUGCACUAAGGACCAAUUAUGGCACGUGAGACGCAUGCGGCAUGCCAUUAUAGAGCAACUUGGGCUUUUUUUAUAUGGAUUUGUCCAAUUGCCACAAAGCAAUCAUAAGCAGCCCCGGCCUCUGUCCCUCUUUACCAAAAUUACUAAAAAAGUCAGCAGCCUCCUUCUUUGCUAAUCUAACAGCAUCUGUCACAAAUAUCCCUUCCGUCAUCCCAAAUUAUCACAAUCAUAUCAACCUAUCAACGGUUCAAGAAAGCCCAAAUCUCACCGCUCCGUCACUUUACAAUCUCACCCACCCCAUACAACGUAGUUCUUACUCUAUUAUUUUACCCCUUUUAGAUAUAUCCUAAAUUAAUUCUUUCAUUUUUUUUUAACACACCAAAUUUCCUCCAUUUUCACACUUCUUCCAGUUCCAAAGUUCCAACUAUGAGUCUGUGACUACGAAGCUUCAUCUUCUUGACUUCUUCCCUCUCCCUAUAUAUAAAUAGAAAUCUCGGUAACGAAACACAGAAGCUAGAUUAAUCCGGGUCGUUGCUGAACAUUCGGGUGGGGGCAGUUGAUGGGUUUUCCAGUGUGUUAUUCAGAGGUUUUCUUACCAAAGAUCUUCAUCUACGCGCUUUCCUUUCUGGGUUUUGUACGGAAUGUGAUUCUCUCCGUUUUUAGCCUUCUGGGUCUAUCUGAUUUCAUCGAACCAGCUGACGGGUACUUCCAGUCGGAGAGUGAUCCGACCCGCUUGCAACCCGUUAACCCACCGUUAUCCGCCGUCUUGAUACGGGAGCUUCUCCCGGUCAUCAAGUUCUCGGAGCUGGUGGAUUGUUCUGGCGGGGGGCCGCCGGAGGAGAGUUGCCCGGUGUGCUUGUACGAGUUCGAAGGGGAGGAGGAAAUCCGGUGGCUGAACAACUGUAAGCACAUUUUCCAUCGGAGCUGUCUGGACCGUUGGAUGGACCACGAUCAGAGGACUUGUCCACUUUGUAGGACUCCCUUUGUGCCACGUCACUUGGAAGAGGAGUUCAAUCAACGGCUCUCCGCUGCUGCUGCUGCUUCUACAUCGUACUUUUCCCCGGCCAUUGCUCAUAAUUUGUUUGAUGAAGAUUACGAUGAUAACAUUCCUAGUAUUAUUUCCAAUUUUUAGUUUUUUUUUAUUUAUUUUAUUUUUUGGGACAGCUUUUUAGUUACACACGUUGUAUAUAGUGAUGAAGAAAAAAGUUAUUUUAUUUAUUUAUUUAUUUUUGGGAAAAAAUUGUUACUUUUAUUGAAGUUUAUCUCUAUAUUCAACUUUUAGUUUAUUGGUUGGGUGGUUUGGUAGGUUAAGUUGGAAUUUUUGGCAAAUGUAUGGUAGUAGAAGAAAAAGAAAAGGUGGCAAUGGCGUGGCGUUUAACUUUUUGGAGUGCAGUUCUUGGCAGAGUUUAACGUUAAUAAUAACAUUAUUGGUGAUGGCGGAACUCGGCAAGGUUUGUUGCAAUUUUUUUAAAGAAGAUUUUCUCUAUGAUUUAAGUUGUUAUGAAGUUUUUGCGAAUUAGUGGACGAAAUUACGUCCACAAGUAAUUCAAAAUUGAGUAAAGUUGGUUCUUUUCGUUUAGCAAAAACUUUAAAAUAAAGAUGUGG